GGUCUUGCUCUUUAGCCCUAUCCCCAAAGAGACUUGGAGGCAAUGAUGGUCCCAAGAAGUCUUGCAAUCUCCUGGGGCUUUUGUCACAUGUCAUGGUAGCCGAGGACUGGGACCUACGCUGGUUGGCAGCUUCAUGGCCUUGCUAGUGCCCUAAUCGUCUUACUGGGUGACUGUUUGUUGGACCGCCAAAUGGGCCGACUGAGGUCCGAGAUGGCAAUAUGCUGCAGUUGGCAUGCUCCGGGUUUCUGACGCUGUCAGAUAGUUUGGCCCCGGGACCUGUACCUGUCCUCGCCUUUUGUGAUCCCAUCAUCCCCCACAAGGUCUAGCUGCCCAUAGCCCGCUGCGACGAAGAAACAUGCGGCUGUUCUGGCGCCUAUAUGGCCCCUCUUGGCCACAUUCGGUCAGGCACUCAUGGUGACAAGUCGAUAGUCUAUGCGUACUUGGAGGUCACAUUGAGGCCCUUCAGACGAAGCCAUCGUUGAGUCUGCCUUGCUAUUGUUGAGCACAGGUCUGAUCUCAGCAUUCAUCUUUGUUUGUCACGGAGAUGAAGACAGAAAAAGACUUUGAAGUAAGGCAGGUUGAACUCCCGGGCUCCAUUCAUACGUCCCAGGUCAACGACAUCGAACUCGAUCACGUUCUCAGAGAACAUCUCGCUCGUCCCAAAGCCGCAUUGCUCUUGAUGCGAGUCUAUCAUUGUCCGACGAAUCUCUUAUGGCGUCCCCUGUUCAAACAUCGCCCCUUGGACGCCCAAGCAACCGACUGCCUCGAAUACAAAGCCCAUCUGGGAAAGUGAGGAAGGACAAGGUGCGACAAGGGAAGCUAAUUCGGUGUUGGACCGAUGAAGAGGAGUCUUUCUUGGUCCGGAGCCGUGAUCGAAAGAUGUCUUACAAGGACAUUGCACACUCUCUAGACAAAUCGCCGCUUGCCUGUCGCCUCCACUAUCACCACAUGACAGUCGGACGAAAAGUUCACCGAGUAGGUGACGGGGAGGAUGGUCGAUCUGAGGGUAGCACCAGCAUCUCACCUCCUAUCGUACCCGUGGAGGGAUUUUUCCAGUCUUCCACAGGGGCGCACCCCGGUGUCAAUACCGACUCCUCUCCUUCAAAGUUGCCGAGAGGUCAGCUUUGUACUCUGCCCAGCUUUGACGUCUUCAUCCGGAGUACGUUCCCAGUCGACCCAACUCAUAGGAGAAGCUGCUCCAUGCCUAUGCCUCGGAGAGAUUCUCCGAUAGAGCGACGAAAAGGACAAGAUAUGUACGAGGAUGCAUCAUCAAGUUGCGGCAAACUAUCACGGACUUUGUCAGGCACACUGAUCAAGCCUCCCGGGAGUCUUUCCGCAAUCACUGGGAGCCUGUCAAUGCCCUCCGAGCAGUUUAUACGUUUAUGCCAUCGGCAAGAUCAUCACGAGCCUGUGCAGAAUGACUGGCUCCUCCAGUCACAUAUAUCAAGGGGAUAGCCUACCAUAUCUGCCGAGGGAAGGACACUAUCCCCACUGGUGUUCCCAUGUGCCCGGCAACAGAUCGCCACCAGUUCAGGCAUGAUCAAACCUCGUGCCGGCAGUCGUGAUCUCUGCAUACUUCACUGCCCGAGACUAGGGGGGCGUACCACGCACAAAUGAGCUGUCGAGUGGGGGAUUUUGGAC